AUAAAAUCGGUCAGAUCUAGCAGAUAGGCAACAGCACUACAAUCGGGCCCCACAAGCUGCAGUAAGAACCUACCUGGCAGAAUUUCCAGCUGAGUUUUUGCAUCGCUCUAGAGACACUAUGGUCAAGGUAUCAGUAAUAGUCGGUUUCAUUACCGUGUUUCUCUUGAUGUCGGUCUUGUCAGUAGCUUUGUCGGCUUCCUUGCCUCAGAAUCGGUUGAAGCGCACUCUGGUGGAAAUUGAACAUCCUGAUGAAGUCAUUCGAGUCUUGACCGGAGUAUUGGAGAAUCUGCUUGUUUCUGAAAGCGCUAAAACUGAGAAGCGUGGACUGGACUUAGGAUUGUCCCGUGGAUUUUCAGGAAGCCAAGCUGCUAAACAUUUGAUGGGAUUAGCAGCUGCCAAUUUCGCUGGUGGACCUGGCAGGCGGCGUCGUGACGUUAGCGACAAAGAAUGAAUGAUAGAGUUAGAGCUGUUAUUAAAUCUCAACUCUUAAAUAAGAUAAUAUGAAUUUCACAUUUUAAAUUGAAUUUACACAUUAGAAAUGUAAUCUAGUGUACUUGUAAAAAUAAAAUACUUUCUGCACGAAA